AUGCUGUCCCUGUUCUCCGGCACAGAGAUCGAAAGGCAGAGGUUCAUGCGCACCAGCCAGUCCCUGCACAACUCCCUGCAAGGAUACAUCUCGGCCACCCGCAUGCUGCUCCGCAUCCUCAACCAGCACCUUGACAUCAGCGUGCCUUUCAAACUGGUGGGGGGCAGCGUCGGUGUGGGAGAGAACCUGGAGUGCCUGGUGUGGAUAGCGCAGGAGAUACACGCCGCGGCGGAGCAGACGGACAGACACGUGCGGAAGAACGCCAGCCGGGACCUGUAUGCCCGCAUGGCCUCCCCCCACACCUCGCUGCAGGAGAAGGGGGCCAUCGUCCGGGACUUCCACCAGGCCACCAUGGGGAUCUUCGGCAGCGCCGUGCGCUGGCAGCUCGCCCUGAUGGGCCCGUUUCAUGAUUUCAGCCCAAAGCAGGGCGUUUACACGGCGUCUGCUCCAAGCAGCUCCUGGUUCAGGUGGGUGGCCGGGGGCUGCAGGGGAGAGCUAGUGGCUGAUCUGGGUCCCCUCAUUCCCGUCCAGGGCGUCACCUCAUUCCGCUGCCCACGCUGCCCGGACACCCCUUGGCUCUGGCAGGAGCUGUGCAAACUCGGGCUCUUCUCAGACGAGGACCGGGCCACGCUGGAGGCCCAAAUCCUGGCGCAGGACGGGGCUAGGGGCAGUUACCGCCAGUGCCCACGCUGCCAGCACCUCGUCCAGCGCCUGGAUCCCGGGACCCUGUGCACCCCUUGCCUGCCUUGCUCCCAGCGGGCUGGGGCCCUGUACUGCUUCUGCUGGGGCUGCCGCACGGAAUGGAGGGACCCCUCAUCCCAUGCUGACUCGCGAUGCCCCCUACAGGCCGCGCUGCAUGACGCCCCCAAGAUCCACGCCCCAAGUUCGUCCGUCCACAGCUGCCCCUCGCUGCGGGCCUGUCCCCGUUGCCACGCCCUCCUGAACCACACCACGCAAGGCUGCCCCAGGGUGGUCUGCCCUGAAUGCAGGUGUUGCUUCUGCUACCGCUGCCUGGGUCUGUCGGGGGGACACCUGCGUUCCUGCCCCAUCGCUGACCCGCAGCUGGUCUGCGGGAGUGGGGACGCGGUAACCCCAACUUCCAGGGGCAGCCCUGGAGUGCCCGGGAUCAUGGGCUUGAUCCUGGGGCUUUGAGGAGGGUGGAUCUGAGACAAGGGGGGGCUGCUUUGACUCCCCUCCCAGGGCUGUCAGGACUCCAGGCAUCGGGGGCAGGAGCUUCCUCUCCCUUUAUCAGUGCAGCACUGGCACAGUGAGGUCCCUGGCAUGGCUGGGGCAUUUAGGUGCCACCACAAUGUAAUGGAAUUGUGUAAGGUAAUUGUGUGUCUGAAUGAGUGAAUCAGAUCGGCAAUGAAUGGACGGGGGGA